AUGGCAGACAAGAUAAAAAAGUUCUUCCAGAAGAAGAAAGUCGAUGCAAAAUUCAAAUUGGCCGGUCGAGGUCAUAAAUUGACUGAGUCAACGACAAGCAGUCACGAUUCUGUGAAAAAAGACGUCCCAGUUGUUAAAAGAUCAGGGCUUUCAGAGGAAAGCAAAGUUGCAGCUGAGGCUGCUUUAGCUAGACUCAAUCAGAAGAGAGAAAACCCAGGCUUUAAUACAUCAUUAGCUGCUAUCCAGGCGCAAGUAAGGAAAGAAUUAGAAAAUGAAAAGGCAUCUAGUUCAGAAGCUACACCACCAGUCGAGGCACAAAAGAGCUUCACUGAAGAGGAUUUACCGAAGAAUUUUGCCGCAAGUGGUGUUUAUUUCAAGUGUCCUAUUAUAAGCAACGAUAUAUUACCCCGUGAUGAGUGGAAAAAGAAUAUCAAAACUUUCCUUUACGAGCAACUUGAGGAGGAGAGAGGGCUGACUGCGUGUCUUAUAAUACAAUCAUGUAAUAAUAAUAGAGAAAAAAUAGACGCCUGCGUUGAAACUCUUUGUAAAUAUCUCGAGAAUAUCAUCAAUCAUCCUGAUGAAGAUAAAUAUCAAAAAAUUAGAAUGACGAACAGGGCAUUCAGCGAACGAGUACUACCUUUAGAAGGCUCAAUGGAACUGCUCUUAGCUGCCGGGUUCGAUCAAAAGAAACUAACCAAUCCAGAUGGCCUAGAAGAAGAUUAUCUUAUAUUCAACAAAGACAAUGUUCCUUCAUUAGACACGCUUAAUACGUUAAUAGACGCUUUAAGAACCGCCGAACCGAUACAAUUGGAGCUCGAUAGGAACUUACAAGUGUUGCUUCCUUCACAAGCUGCCUGUAAAGUGCAACUACCCUCGAGCUUCUACGCGCUUUCGCCAGAGGAAUUCAAGCGAGAACAAAAGUUGAGAGCUGAAGCAAUAGAAAAAAGUCAAAUGCUCAGAACGAAGGCGAUGAGGGAGAAAGACGAAAUGCGCGAAAUGAGAAAAUACAAAUUUGCGAUCAUUAGGAUUCGUUUUCCGGACGGUAUACUAUUGCAGGGAACUUUCUCAGUGUACGAGCGUUACAAUGAAAUUCACGAAUUCGUCCAAGAGAACUUAGAACAUUCCGACCUCCCGUUCGUGUUGAACACUCCAACAGGUCACAAGUUAAUCUUAGAGGAAGAUGCGAAUAAGACCCUUAUCGACCUUCGUAUCGUGCCGGCGACAGUGCUCACGUUCGCUUGGCACUCGUCAGUGGCCGAAGAAAUAAGCAGGAGUCCCAACAGAGAUGUGUAUUUGAAACCAGAAAUCAUGAUAUUGGUACAAGAAAUGUGAGAUAAUAUUUGCAGUUGUCAAGCAAGCUCUUAUCAUAGACACGCGAAGUAUUUAAGGGUAUUUAUUACAUUAAUGACUCAUUGUUAUCUCUACGGUAUGUAGAUAAUUCAAAUUGAAUAACUUCAGGACUGACUUUUCAAACAACAAAUUCAAAAAUUUACUCAUCGUUCAAAUUAUAAUCUGAUUACCAAAAAAUUGGUUGUAAUGUCGUUCAUAUGUCUACAUUGUUUGUAAUGAUAUAAUGAUAUAACUUUUCUUUGAGAAUUAAAAAACGUUCCUAGUUCUAAGCUCAUUCAUUCAUGGUAGCUUUCUACAUUGUGCUUUAGAAAGAGACAACUGACCAUAUAAAGCUUGGUUCGUUACGCACCUGACAGAGACAAAUCUUCUCGUUCGAAAUCGAACUUUUUAUUGGUCUUGAUUACAAACUAUUGAGAUUUGAGGUCAGUCUAUUAGAUAGCAGCUGUCCCACACUUCAAAGCGAUCGAUUGCCUCGCAGUAUAGAGGUAAUAACUAUACUGAGACCUCAGAACUGAUAUCUCAAGGUGGGUGGCGAAUUUACGUUGUAGAUGUCUAUGGGCUCCAGUAACCACGUAACACAAAGUGGGCUGUGAGCUCGUCCACCCAUAUAAGCAAAAAAUUAAAUAAAAAAACAAGGUGGGACUUACCAGUACACACUCAGAAUACGUUUCACUAUCAUUGUAAUGCUGAGGAAUAAUAUCGACGAUAAGAGUAUUUUAUUUAACCUCUUCAAUAACAUUGGCACGUCUGCCAAUAUGCGUUUACUGGUGGUAGGACGUGUUGUGAGUCCGCACGGGUAGGUACCACUACCUUGCCUGUUUCUGCCGUGAAGCAGUAAUGCGUUUCGGUUUGAAGGGUGGGGCAACCGUUGUAACUAUACUUGAGACCUUAGAACUUAUAUCUCAAGGUGGGUGGCGCAUUUACGUUGCAGAUGUCUAUGGGCUCCGGUAACCACUUAACACCAGAUGGACUGUGAGCUCGUCCACCCAUCUAGGCAAUAAAAAUAAAAAAAGUGUGUGUGUCCGCUCCGACGCACGACUGGAGUUUACUGGAUAUAAAAAAUUAAACGAAACAAUACGAGAAAUAGUUCUAUAUUACGACAACACGAUACACUACAGAUUAUUAACAAAUUAACGAGACACAAAACAAACGACUAACAAAUAUAUGAAAAUACAAUAAUGAGAGAAACGCGCGAUCAGUACGAGGCUUUGUGGCGGACUGCCGGCGCAGCAGCCCGGCGUCACCUGCGAUAACGCGGCCGCGCGUUGGCUCCUGAUUGGCGCGCGCACGCAUCACGCAAUCAGGAGCCAAUCAGGCGCAUAACGCAUUUCGUGUGACAUGCUAGUACGAUUUUGGUCCCCAUAAUUUUCAUACCCCGGGCCUAUAUAUGUAAAUCGAUUCUAAAGGAGUAAACUCCAAAAAAAACCUUAAAAGACCACAGAUGUGGACAUUUUAUUUAAGUCACUAAUGUUUGUGAACUUUUUUUAACUUAUUAAAUUGUUUUUAAAAAAAUGAACAAAUUGCAAUAAAAAUAAAAAAAAAUUUUUGUUCUUCAAAAAAGUCUACUAUAAAAGUUCAUUAUCACCUUUUAAAAAUUAAACAUUCCAUGCACUAUUGAUUGUAAUUUGGCUUUCAUAAUAAUAAUAUAUAUGUGAACAUAUUUACCAUGAAGAAUACAUAUAUGAAUAAAUUUAGAUUCAUUUAUACGAUUUCAAAUUUCUAGUAAAUGAAUGUGAACAUGACCUCUAUUGAUCAAUAAAACAGCUAAUUAACUAAAUUGAAAUCUAUCAUUGUAAAUUUGCAUUUCUAAUUUAUAAGAAUUAUAAUAUUUUCAAAUAAUUAUAUUACAAAAUACUAGACAAUGCCCUGUUUCAUAUUCGAUAGUCAACGGUAAUUGUUAAGACUGUUCUUACUGGCGAUAUAAUCGCUUUAUUUAUUAUUUCAUAUAUAGAUAUAUUUAACGUGAGGUCGUUACGAUACGAUUUCAUUCCUCACAAUAUUAUUGUAUCUCUUACCGUACCUAUUAAAAUUGUUAAAUUGCAUGAAUAUUUGAAGGAAGAAAAAAAGGUCAUCCGACAUUCAAAACCCUUAAUUUUAAAUACGCUAAGCGUUUACAUUAAUGCAAUAUUCUUAAAACGAAAAAUGUAACCAGUUGUUUAAAUAUAACAAAUAAAGUGUGAUUUUGAAUGCCGGAAAACGGUUUUUAAAUUGGGAUGAAGUUAUGCAAAAGUACCUUGAUUGAAUUAUACAUUAACAGUAACUAAUCCCAGCAAACUAUCCAAAAAAAGCUAUUUCAUAUACCAAGUCUGUGUCACUACACAUCAUGAUAUGUAACAUUUUAGUCUCAGCCUGAUUAUAACAUAAAUUAUCCAUAGGAUAUGCCAUAGGUUAAGGAUGAUUAUAUCGUUGCCUAAUUUGAUAGUACAAUUCAAAUUUAUUAUACAUUACUAUGCUUUAUAAAGUUACAUAUUUAACCAAUUUUAAUCAGACACAUAAAACGCAUUCAUCUUGCAUAACCACAUCCAAAUCGUUUAUUAAAGAAACAGUAUAAUAUAAACUGUUUGUUAUUUAAUUAAUUUAUUUAUUUUUUAUUGUAAAAAUUAAACAAUAUUCAUGAAUUAAUACAUAAUAAAA